GUCGACCGACCAGCGUCCGGCAGAAUCCGAGCAGACCCUGAACACAACACCUACAACUUCCGUUGGCUGUGUCGAAUGUCGCACGCGACGACUGUAUUGCGAGAUAGACGCCGCCGAUCCUCGCCAGGCAUGUGGAAGCUGUGUACGCAAUGGUGACAUCUGCUCCAACUUGACGAGCACUGCCGCUGCUUCUCGCCCGCGCGCUACGCCGCGUAAUCGCGUCCAGAAGGUCAAAGCUGUUACGCGUGUAGCGUGCAAUUGGUGUCGACGGCAAAAGGUACGAUGUUCCGGUGGGACACCCUGCGGCGCGUGUGCUAUACGUGACCAACCAUGCAUGUAUCCUGCCGUGAACAGAAAGCUGCCUAAUGAUGGAAGCUCUGCAACAGCAGAUAAUUGGGAAGCUGGUCUUCCACGCUACGAUCUAUCUGGUCGUGAUGAGAUGGAUGCUCCGCCGUCUUCGAGCUUGCAACCUGGUCAGAUCCAUCACGCUCCGGCUCCGUUACCCCGGCACCAUGCUCGCAAAACUGUGUCGGAAACUAUGAAGCAAAACUUUACUCUGGGACUAGACAAGCAAGUUGUAGCAGGGUAUAUCGAGGCUUUUUUCAGAUUUGUCUAUCCUGUCGGCUGCAUGAGCUUUCUGCAUCAAGCUACGUUCCUUCGUCAAUGGCACACUUAUAGCCUAGAUCUCUCCCUGCUCAGGGUAGUAUGUGGAAGUGCUCUUCGGGUGUUCUCGACUACUCAAGAGGAUAACGAACGAGCAGCACAGUGGCUGCAAGAAGCCGAGCUUGAUGUCCUCCAGAAUCUUGGAGAUCUCACCAUUUCCCGUCUGCAGACUUUGACUCUGCUUGCCUUCUUCGAGUUCACCUACCAUGUGCACUCGCCGAAGGCAUUGAUGUUACUUGGACUGGCGGCCCGUCUAGCUUUCGCGAAGCGUCUCAAUCAUGAAGACGACAGUCUAUCAGUAGUUGAGCAAGAAUCUAGGAGACGCCUGAUGUGGGCCAUCUUUGUCCUGGACAAGUUCUGCUCUGGUGGUGUCACUGAGCUGACGUUAGUUCUUGCUGAACAUAUGAAGAUCCGUCUGCCUACAAUCGAAAAGGCAUUUGGUUUUGGGCAGCGUACCGAUACUGAAGUUCUUCGUCCGCGGCUCAUCGACGGUGUGCCAAUUUCUAAUGCCAAGGGUAUGGACGAGUUUGCUUACACCAUACGUCUCUUGGAUUUGCUCCGUAACAAAAUUCACAAGUUCGCCAAGCGUGUGACCUCCACAGACGAAAAUCUUUACUCAUCGGCACAAGAGUUCCUCGCCCUAGAUUCAGCAAUCGACACAAUCGAUCAGCAGAUUCCUGCGGACUUGAGAUGGGACAAUAUGAAUCUACAGAAGCGGAUGCACGCGCCAGGUUUAUCAAGCUAUAUCAUGCUGCAUACUUGGCGACUACAGUGCAAGCUCGACCUGCAUCGACUGACGGUGUCUGGAACGAAAGAGUGCAUAUCAGAAGCAGCACUGCUUGACACCCCAUUAGAAUUUGCUCAAAAUUUGAGGCUCAAAUGCCUAUCGCAUGCGGUUGAGUUGACAAAUAUGUGGUCUGAAGUUCUUGAUCUCGGCCUUGCGAAACCCGUACACGAUCCAGCAAUUUCUGGCUGUGCGCAUCAAUGUGCAAAGAUUCUGACACUCAUCCCUGAACAAGUCGGCUACUCGGCGCCAGGUCAGGAGAACAGAGUCGGGGCUGUUCUGAUCUGCCAGAUGAUACUCAGACCGCUCAAAGACAUCUAUCCCAAGGCCAAGAUCUUGUAUGAUGAUGUUUGUCGGAUGAGGUCGGAGCUCAACUGCGCUCCGGUGCAGGAUUCUCCCAACGCAAUCCACCACAACGGUAUAAGCGAACAAAACUUAGGUGUGACAAUGCAUGCAAAUAACGAGGACCAGGUCAGAAGUCUACUUAAUCAGUACAAUGGUUGAUCAAUAUUCAUUCCUUGGAGUUUUUACAAUGAUUGAGAACGGGAUGCUGAACAUGGCAAGGAACAUGGCCGUAUCUUGCAGGUGCUUAAGAACAGGCAUGGCUUCAAUCUAAAAACCAAGACAUGUAUGCCCCGGC